AGCACAAAGGUCUCACAUAACUAAUCCAAACUUGUGACUUGUUAUGCCACAGUGGAUCUCUUGUGAGUUCCUUUUUGACUUGAUCAGGAAAGGGUUCUAUUUUGAGUAAUGGAGCAGAAUAGCAACCGCAUGGAUGACUUCCCUCACAAUGUAUUUUCGGUCACUCCUUACACUCCCAGCACAGCUGACAUCCAGGUAUCUGAUGAUGACAAGGCAGGAGCCACUUUGCUCUUCUCAGGUAUCUUUCUGGGUCUGGUGGGGAUCACGUUCACAGUGAUGGGCUGGAUCAAGUACCAAGGAGUCUCUCACUUUGAGUGGACACAGCUUCUUGGACCGAUUCUGCUCUCAGUCGGGGUCACCUUCAUCUUGAUCGCCGUGUGCAAGUUUAAAAUGCUAUCCUGUCAGUCUUGCAAAGAGAGUGAAGAAAGAACACUGGACACAGACCAGACUCUGGGUGGACAAUCUUUUGUUUUCACUGGGAUCAAUCAGCCUAUAACAUUCCAUGGGGCUACUGUGGUCCAGUAUAUUCCUCCUUAUGCAUCUCAGGAUACCAUUGGGGUAAAUGCCACUUAUCUGCCCCCACUGGUGAAUCCUUUUGGUGCUGCAAACUCAGGAGGGCCAACGGUGCCUGCUCCAAGUCCCCCUCAGUAUUGUACCAUCUAUCCUCAUGAUAAUGCUGCUUUUAUUGAUGAUGACCUCUAUCCUGCCUACAUGGACAUGGAUCACAGAAAUGACAACAGGUCCUCUACUGAUGCUGAACAGCUAGAGGAGAUACAACUGGAAGACAAUAGUCGUGACUGCUUUUCUCCUCCUUCUUAUGAGGAAAUAUACUCCAUCCCACGCUAGAGACUAAUUUUCUGAGGGAACCAAGCACUUAAACCACUAUUUUAAAACUAAUGGUUUUAAACUUAUAGCUUCUACAAAGACAGACAAAGACCACAGGUUUCCACAGUGCCCCCUAAUAAUAUAGCCAAACACUCUAUUGAGAUGAAGGGGGAAAAAAUCCCUCCUGUAGAGCAAAGGAAAAACCAAUGGGGAAUUCCCCUUCCUGUCUUCAUUCCUUCUAUCUUCUGGGUUCCUUACACGUUUCAAGAGUAGGAAUUUUACCACUUAAUCUUUAUUAGGAGUCCCACAAUUCACCCUUGUGGUCAUGAGGAAAUUUUUAUUUUUAUACCCAAGGAUUUCCUUAGUGGUUAAGUCUGGGAGCCAAAGAUUCAAGAGAGAAGCCAGGGUUAGUGUUUCUUCCCUUGUCCUUAAAAGGUUCCCAGCCCAGACAUGGAAUUCCAUGAAUGGCUAAAAUCUUUGCCUCCCUGCAUCAGGAGGUUUGCAUUUGAGCACCUGAAACGUGUUUCUUUUAACUCCUGGGAUUUGUCUUGUCUGUAGACAAAGGGGCUUUGAGGUUGCCUAGUCUUUGAAGGAUUUGAGGGCUGAAAGGAGAUGACCACAGUGGUUUCCAUGAUGUUUGGUGCAUUUGGAUUUAUGCCCCCAUAUUAUGAUUAAAAAAUUAUAUACAGUAUGCUUUUUUUUUGGUGAAUAGCUUCAAUUGAAAUAUAGCAAGGAUGAAUUUAGAGGAGUCAUCUUCCUGGAGUAGAAACAGGAUACUGAACCAAGCAUCCAGAUGGGUAAAUACACCCUAAAUUCUUGUAUUAAUAAGAUCAUAAUGCCACUCACAAGAGGAUGGAACUAAGGGACAGAGAUAUUGAGCUUCUGAGGACCAGAAAGAAUUCCAUGUCAUACCAGAUCGCUCGCUAGUGUUGGGUAGGGUACAUCACCACUGGCAAUGAGUGGUUGAAUGAUGUGGCCCUUAUUACUGAGCAGAAUCAGGCUACUGGUCAGGAUCAUCUCCUAGUGGUUAAAUGCUAUUUCGGAAUUAUCUGUGUAUGUGCCAGAUAUAUAACUGAGUGCCUCGCAUAUAUUGGAAAUUUGACAGAUGCUUGUUGAAAUGUGACAUUUCCCUGCUAGACUAUAAAUUUCAUGAGGGUACAAACUAUAUCUUUUCUAAAUUUUGUAGUUUCCUUCCUGUGUUGUGCAGUGGCCUGCACAGAGUCAGAAAGGAUAGGUGAGAGAGAAUUUAAAAGUUUAAAACACACAAGGGCACAUGAUGGGUUUAUCUUCAGCAUACUAGUUCUUAACUUUUUUGGGGUCACAGAACCCUCUGGCAACCUAACAAAGUCUAUGGACCCCUUUUCAGAAUAUUAUCAUAAAUGAAUAAUACAUGAAAAUGUAUUAAAUGAAAAAUACAUAGAAUUAAGAGGAAAUUCAAUUAUAGCAAAAUACUUAACAGUUUAAAAAAAAGUUCAAUGAUAUCUCAUUAAAAAACUCUGCCUCAAGGGAACAUAUUUCUGGUAAAACUUCCAAGUUUUAGUUCAGCAUUACUACUUUAUGACUUGUAUUGAGUGUUUUUAAUUAAUAUUUCACCAGGAAAUUAUAAAUUCCCCUUCAAUGAAAUGAUUAAAAUGUUUGUUGCAUUAUUAAUAUGAUUUAGAUUACAUCUGAGGGUCAAACUAUUUUAUUAUAUGACCAUAUCUUCAAAGUUUAUUGAUUUUAAUUUUUAAAUGAGAUUUAAUUGACAGAAAUUAUUUUCCAACUAGAUUCAAUGCAACAAACAGCAUGACUGCCCUCCCGCCCAAGGUAGAGUCAAAUGUCAUUAGUCUGUAUUCCAUUCCUGAAUGUGCUGUUUAGGGGUGUAGAGUUUUCCAGAGAUUUCAAUCUCUCUCUUUUUUUCUUUUACUCUCCUUUGGACUCCUGGCUACGUGACUAAGUUUCAGAUCCAUCAAGUAUCUCUUUAUUGUAAAAAGGUUCCUUCUAAUACCUCUCUUCCCUCCCCUCCCUUUUUUUUCUGAACAAUCUGAAAAAAAAAAAAACAGGCCUCUUGUUUAUGAAGAUCUGGGUCUCUGUGUGUGUCUGUUUUCAGCUCUCUGACCUUUCAUGCUUCCUCUGUUCACUCCUCCUCGACUGCCUUGUUUAUUGUGAACUCUGUUGGGUCGAGUUUCUCUAAAGCUAGAGAGCCAUGGUUUGUUGGUGGUUCUCCCCCACCCCUCCUGCCAAACAGAAGCUCUUUGCAGUAACCUUGUCUGCAAGUUCUAUAAAGGAGAGAGAAAAGGGAAUCUGAGCCACUCCUGGUAGCUCUGGUGCACUUCAAAGAGCCCUUUUCUUUACAGGAAUCAACAGAAAUAUUUGUUGGGACUGGUGGCAUUCUUGAUCACACACUGCCUUCCAUUGUAGGUGCAUGUCGACAUGCCAUCUCCCAGUCUUACCGUGAGUUCCUUUUGGGCAAUGAUGGCAUCUUUGAUCUCUCCCUCUCUCUCACAUCUGAUUCCUGCUUUCCACUGACAUGACCUCCCUCCUUCCCUGCCCUUCCCAAAAUGGAAGACAAAGUCAGUUGAGUAGACCCCGCCAUGCUGGCGUUGGAGCUGAUACACUAAUGUAUACUUGCUGAGUGAAAUAAAUUAUUGUUUUCCAAAGGUGA